CGAGCACAUAUUCCUAAAAGACAAGAACCUUAGCCCUCAGAUGGCUGACCCCAUCCCUACCCACAAACCCAGUGUUGUCCUCUGCGCCCACGUUCCUCUUUAUUUUGGGCCUUGGAGCCGGGUACCAGCACUCACAGCCACAGAGGGAAGUGGGGAGUUCCCUUGUGAAGACAGAAUGAAGUAAUGGCGUCUCCAAAAGCCUUAAUGUCUCCUUAAUGCUGCCUUUGGAAGCCUAAUGCUUGUGGUCCAGGUGCUGCUGCUUUCCAGUGUGGCUGUGAAAACUUUGGCCAAUACCAGCUCGCCACUCCCCCUGGGAGGAGGGUGCUGAUGGGCUUUCCCAUUAUCUAUCAAUUAGCUGGAAGUUGAGCGAAGUGUGUUCAGUCUUACAACGCUGUUCUGAUCUACUGCUCUCUGCUCGGGGAACACCAGGACACAGCAGGUGGUGGGCUACGCCAAAGAGAGAAAAAUGUCAUCAGAUAACCAGUGGUCAGCAGAUGAGGACGAAGGUCAAUUUUCCCGGCUGAUCAGGAAAUCUAGAGACUCCCCCUUUGUGCCUGUAGGGAUAGCAGGCUUUAUGACUGUGGUGUCCUAUGGUCUUUACAAGUUAAAGAACAGAAGAAAUCAGAAAAUGUCCAUUCAUCUUAUUCACAUGAGAGUUGCUGCCCAAGGAUUUGUUGUAGGAGCUGUGACUCUAGGUGUUCUCUAUUCUAUGUAUAAGGAUUACAUUAGACCUCGAUUCUUCAAUGUGUCCAAAAAAUGAAGCUGCAUACAAAAAAAUACAAGAAGGCUUCUGAAAACUAUAACGAAGAAUGAAUUUUCAAUAUGUAGCAAAUUGUACUGCAGAAGUAUUAGAGUUUUCACAGUCUGGUAUAGUAAGUCUCAAUUGUUUAAGAAGUUGACUUCCAAAGCAGUAAUCAUAGUCAACUCAAAAAUAUCCUUGAUGAUGUCUUUCAGAACCUAGAGCAUGAUUUUCUGACUUAAAAUUUUUUAUUUUGUAGU